AUGACGAAAUAUUAUCGUAUUCUCCUCUCACUCCUCCUCAUCUCAUCGUACCUCAUCGACGGCGCCCCAACCAUGGCUCCCAUAUCUUUACCAGCGGAUGACGCUCUCUCCACCUACUACUGCAUUGAUUCCCCGGCUUGGUCCGAGCCCUCCUUCCUCCCGAAAAAUUGCGCAACUGCGAUGUCACAGUUCUUUGUUCAGGAAAUGCUUGUGCACGGGGACGUUGUUUUCGAGUUCCAUGCUGUCGGCGCCCAACCCCGAUCACGCUAUCCGUCACAACAUACGCCACAGAAGUUUACGUAUGGCACAUGCACCAUGGCAAUCGUCAUGCUUGCCGCUUUCCACCCAGAACAACUCCCUGGGGUUCCUCCAGCAACAAUGUUUGGUCUGACGGAUGUUGCUUCCUACAGUGAUGCGUGGAAUGCAGUAAAGCGAGUGAAGAACAAUUGCAUAUCAGAAUAUCUUGCAACCAAUGAGACGAUUCACGAGAGUGGAGGAGGGAUGAAUUUUAGAAGUCUGACAGGGUGGAGUGCAACUGGAAGCAAAGGCGCUAUUGGUGUCUUCCUAUGGGACACAAAUUCGGAAAUAAACCAGAUGAUACGAGCGGUCAAUUUGCCAGCUGACAGUCUUCUAUCGAGCUACGGGCCGCUACAUUUGACAAAUUCGACACAGCUAGAGACCGCAGGGCCACUGGAAAAAUGCUGCUGA